GGUGAUUGGACAACACAGUCCCCUUCUUCUUAAGCCUCUCGCUGGGGAUAAGAUGGGCCCCACUUUACCCGCCUCCCAAAUCGCAAUAUCCGCCUCUCCCCUCCCUCCUAAAAUCCAUCCACCAGCUCGCCAAUAAUCCCCUCCCUACCAUCACUCCUCCCAACCGUAGACCAUCACAAUCCCCACCGUUGAAUUAAUUUACUGAUUAUAUCACCAGAGCUGUACUUCAAAUUAUACAUCUCAUGGCGAUUGUACAUUCUUAGCAUGCGUUGAAUCUUACGAGAACCAGAACUAACAAAUAAAAACAAAGCAAUUAACGUACGGAAACGGUUCACAAUACUGUGGCCAAAGGCCAUUACGUUGUGUCCAUAAGAACUGAGUGUAGCUUCCAAGACCACAAUUUCUCCUCUCUGCUCCUACAUUCGCCGCCAGUCAUGGAGUCGCGUCUGAUCUCACGCGCCACCGCCUUCGCCGCCAUCCCUCACCUCCGGAAGCCGACGGGCAGGGACCUCGGAGGUGGAAGCUCCAGCUCCUCCGUUCCGGCGAGGCCGAUCGGCGCCGUCGGGGAGGGCGGAAACCUGAUUUGGGGGAGGCAGCUAAGGCCGGCGUUGCUGCUUGAAAGCUCGCCGGCGCCGGCGCCGGCAACGAGGAGGGAGAUUCUCCGGCCUUGCCUGGCCGCCGCGUCGUCGCCCGCAGAUGGGAGCGAUUCCGCCGGGGAAGCGAAGGUCGCUCCGAUCGGGUUUUUCAACAAGUAUCCGGCGCUCGUCACCGGCUUCUUCUUCUUCAUGUGUGUCCACCAGGUAUGCUUAAUUAAUUUGAUUACUGAAAGUAAGAUAUUUUGUUGUGCAAGCAGUUUUGUGUCUGUAGUGCACUUGUUGGUCGGGGUGGUCUACUGCUUGAUCAGCUGGGCCGUGGGCCUUCCUAAGCGUGCUCCGAUCGACUCGAACCUGUUGAAGUUGCUAAUCCCAGUUGCUGUGUGUCACGCACUUGGCCACGUGACCAGCAACGUCUCAUUUGCAGCAGUUGCCGUCUCUUUCACACACACGGUCAAAGCUCUUGAGCCCUUCUUCAACGCUGCUGCCUCUCAAUUUAUCCUUGGACAAUCUAUUCCCAUCACUUUAUGGCUAUCCUUGGCUCCUGUUGUUCUUGGUGUGUCAAUGGCAUCAUUGACCGAGUUGUCAUUCAACUGGACUGGUUUCAUCAGUGCUAUGAUAUCCAACAUCUCCUUUACUUACAGGAGUAUCUAUUCAAAGAAAGCCAUGACUGAUAUGGACAGUACCAAUAUCUAUGCCUACAUCUCCAUCAUUGCUCUGUUUGUCUGCAUUCCACCUGCCCUCAUUGUAGAGGGACCUCAACUAAUUAAGCAUGGUUUUAAUGAUGCAAUUGCAAAAGUUGGUCUAGUCAAGUUCAUUACAGAUCUCUUCUGGGUGGGAAUGUUUUAUCACCUUUACAACCAGUUGGCCACCAACACUUUGGAGAGGGUAGCACCACUCACACAUGCCGUUGGUAAUGUGUUGAAACGUGUGUUCGUGAUUGGCUUCUCCAUCAUCAUCUUUGGUAACAAGAUUUCGACACAGACCGGAAUUGGUACCAGCAUUGCUAUUGCCGGAGUGGCAAUUUACUCUUACAUCAAGGCCAAGAUGGAAGAAGAGAAACGACAAGCGAAGGCUGCCUGAGAAGAAAUGAAGGAUGGACAUGGUGGAAAUCCUGCACUGUAAAUUUUAUAUAUUACCUUCAGAAUACAUCAAAUAUUUGAGUAUUUGUUAUUUCUGCCAUUGUUCGCUUCCCCUUUUAUCCCAUUUAUUUUUCUCCGAUUCAGGUAUAAACAACUGCUAAUUUGCGAUGCUCUCAUGUUUAAUGAAAAUAAUGUAAGCCUUGAGAGAGUCAACGGAAUGUUUGGAGAAAAA